AACACCGUAACUGUCACUUGUUAAUGGCAUGGUUCGUUUCUUACCAGACUAUUCUCGAAAAAUACGAGAAAACGAAGUGCUUGCUAACUAGCACGCGGGUUAUUUGUAAUCAUAUUGUGUGUUGAAUCAAUCUCUAGCGUUACGAUCGGGUUCACUGAUCACAACGUGUCAAAAAUCUUGACUGUCACGGUUUUGACUUGAGUCCGUGUGUGGUGUUCUCAAGAAAAGUUAAUUCUGAGACCUUGUGUGUAAAAUCAAUCUUGAAAAAUGGCCAAAUGGGGCGAAGGUGAUCCUAGAUGGAUUGUGGAGGAGCGGCCAGACGCGACAAAUGUGAACAACUGGCAUUGGACGGAGAAAAAUGCAGGACCGUGGUCGAAGGAGCGGCUAAAAGAAUUGCUGAAUAAUUUCAAGAUAGCCCAAAACGGUAUAGAUUGUAAGGUGACAGAGGUGGAGAAGUUGGAUGGUGAGGCGUCGGCAAAUAAUAGGAAAGGAAAGUUAAUAUUUUUCUAUGAAUGGGACAUUAAAUUGAAGUGGGAAGGCACCUUGGCUGGUAGCAAGGAUAUUGUGAAGGGAGAAGUGAGCAUCCCGAACUUGUCUGAGGAGAACGACGUUAGUGAAGUGGAUAUUUCAGUCACAAUCAAAGGCAGUGGUGAGGAAGCUCAGAGGGUCAAAGCGUUCAUGCACAAUGUGGGCCGAGAUAAAAUCCGGAAGCAACUCUCCGAGUAUGUCCGCAGUCUCAAAGAAGAAUUCUCCAAAGGUCUCAUUCUUCCCAAGAAGGGAGAAACUACCGUUAAACCAGAUAAUGUCUCGAUGAUCACCAGCGGUUUCAAUAAGAAAGUUAGCAUGGACCCUAUAGUAGCUCCAAAGAAUAAUCAGAUUGGUUGCAAGCUGGAUACAAAGAGUAUUGAGCUGUCGGAGAAGUUCCAGUGUCGUGCGCAAGAGUUCUAUGAUGCUAUGACUCGAAUAGAAAUGGUUACUGCUUUUACACAGGGUCACGUCAAAAUGGAAGCGGAGAAGGGUGGCAAGUUUGCUCUCUUUGGUGGCAACAUUACGGGCGAGUUCAGAGAGCUGGUGCCUCCCAAGAAGAUAGUCCAAUACUGGCGGUACAAACAGUGGCCCGACCAGCACUUCUCUGAAGUCACAUUCAUCAUUGAUGAGAAGGACGACCACACCCUGGUGACAGUGAAGCAGGAGCUGGUGCCUGCCGCGGAGGUGGACCAGACCCGCGACAACUGGCGGCGGUACUACUUCGACAGUAUUAAGCGAGCCUUCGGCUUCGGAGCGUUCCUGUGAUGCGGUACGCUGAUUAGGUUGAAUUUUAACAGUAAAGCGGUUCUGUUGAAGAUAGCACCCGAAAACGACAAGUUUUGUACAAUGCAAGAUUUCAUUUUAUGUAAAUUUUGUAAUGAAACUGUGAUGAAUAACUUAACUAUGCCGGUUUGUGAAUGCGCUGCCGUGGAUAUGAAUUCAAGGCUUUUAGUUAGUAAUACUUUUUUAAUUAAUUCCAAUAUUUGCGGUCGAGUUCCGAGGUAGUACCUAAAAAGUGGCGCUAGUGUCGAAAAUUAUCACCUAUGUGAACUGGUUUUAUAUUGAAUGGAGUUUUCUUAGCCCUAGAAUAAAAAAAACAUGAUAUUUAUUAAAGUAUUGGUAAAUAGACAGAUUUAAAAUCAUAGUGUGUACUGGUUAAUGAAAAGGAUACUUUAAAUGUAUGCUAUUAGAGUCCUUUUAACAAGAGCAGACGUGAUUGUAUACUAUUUCUUUUGGAAUUAAAUCUAUGAGAAGUUUCAUUGUUAUUGCAAGCCAUGCUAAAGCGAACACAAGCCUAUGCUAACACAAUUUUCAACUUUAUAACACUGUAUAUUAAGUUGAAUUUGUAUGGAUACAUUUAAAAUUACUGCUUUCUUGAUUAAUGAUAUACUAGGAAGGUAAUGUCUGUUUGAAUGAUCCUGUGUGAUGCUUUGUUAAUGAAUUGCAAGGUAAAUAGCGCUUUGUACGCCAGAUAUAAGGUUUAAGAUCGAAUGCAGUGGCUUGCUAGUUACUAAUAAUAAUAAUUAUAUGAAUGUUAUCCAAAUAGUUUAGUGUAUAAAUAUACAAUUGUUGAGGUAAAUUAUUUCUGAUGACUUCAGUUGUACUGCCAUUUAUCUACCUCGUUUAGUGGCCUAUGGAAAACUUAACUUAAAUAUUAUAAACAGCCGCAUUCAAAGCCAUUUAAUGAUUACUUACUUAAACUAUUCCUUAGUAAUUAUUUUGUAUCGAAAUCUGCUAAGGACUGGGUGAACCUUUAAAUGGCUCUAAGUAUGGCUGAAAGUCAUUGUUCUUCCCCAUUAGUAAUUUUAACCGAUUUAAAAUAAAUAGUAGUUGUGUGUUUUGUACUUACAAUUCUAUGUUGAGAAUCUUGGCUGCUGUGUAAUCACAUGUUGAUUUUUAUUGAAUAGAAUUAUAUAUUAUACGUAUUUCACUGAUAUAUGUAUGGUAUAUAGGUUUAAAAUGCAAUAUUUAUGCAAUAUGGAUUAUAUACUAGUCAUUUUGAAUGAAUUAAUAUAUAUAUUUGAGCACCAAAUACCAUAAAUACUCAACAAGAAUUUACUAAUGUAUUUUUAAUUUCUGCUAUGCCUAGAUGGCGCUGUGAGCGUUUAUUUCCCAGUGACAGUUUAGCAGCCAAGAUUAUCAAUACAGAUAUCUCAAUCUAGCCUUGAAUUCACGUCCAUAAUAACUAGUAAAGAAAUAAUAAGGAUCUUAUAAGCUAAUACUAUAAUUAGUUUGCGCCUAGAACAUCAAAAUUUCGUCGUAAACACAGAUAUAUAGACUUUAAAAUAGUACAUAAACGUACGAAAAUUAUACACCCUCUUAUGGUAAGCGUCUACAAGCCCGCAUCGUACGCAUCGCACGCACCGUAUGCAACGGAUUUUAGUUUGCCUUGUAUACAAACUCAUACAAGUGCGUCCACUGAUCCGCAUCGUACGGACCGCAUCAUCGGCAAUGCCUACAUGCGAUGCGUACUGAUGACGUCAUACGGAAUGCGUACGAUGCGGGCCUGAGAACGCUUACCUUUAAUCAAAUAACGUUCUACUUAUGUACUAUUGUUUUUUUUAGGUAAUAAGUUUCUUGGCUUUUUAGUCUUAUACAGGUAGUGUCUUGACAUAAUAAUAAUAAAAAAAUACCUUUAGCUAUAUUGUAUUGGAUUAAAAAAGAUCUUGCAAUAUUUAAUGGCAUUUAAAAUUCAUGUAAUAAGUUAAAAAAAUAUGAAUUAACUAAUUUUUUUUUCUGUAAAUUUUUGGCUGUUUUAUAUGAAAACUAUCCGAUAUUUAUUUAUAGCUUGAUCUUCCUUCGCACGCGAUCCUGUAAAAGCAACGAUUAUUUGGUUUAAAGAAGACUGAACUACACCAUUGCUAAGCGCGAGCGCAUAUACGCUAUCUCUUUCACUCUAACCUAAUUUAUACGCAAUAGAAAGAGAUCACUGAUUGGUAUAGUUCGGUCUCUGGCGCAGCGUGAAGCGGUGGCACGGUGAAGAUACUCAGAAUAAAUCAAUCUAGAAUAAACUUUAAGUACUAUGGCGUAAGGAUAAAAAUGGCAUGUUUUAGUGGCGCGCGGUGCGUUGUUAAUUUUUUUUGCAUGCUGUUUUCAUCCGUAUGCUAUAGUAGUUAAGGUUUAUUUUAUUUUACAGUGAUUAUAUCUUCAGUAUUUUCGUCAUUCUUCCGGUUUGCGCUGAGCCUCUUUACACUUUGUAUAUCUAUCUGUGUUCCCGAAUCAAUGUUCUUAGCUUAUUUCUGUAAGUAGCUGAUUUACGAGUUUUUUUAAUUUAUGGGAUUUGAUUCACCAAUAAAUUAUGUUAGAUAUAA